UUUUAAUAUAAAUAAAAAGUCAUCUAUGAAUUUCUCAUAAAUCAAGAAUUCGGUUAUAUAGACACUUUAUAUAGAAUAGAAAUAGAAGAAUAGGUAUGACAUUAAAUACUAUAAACAUACUUAAAAAAAAAAUGUCAUAUAAAUUGUUCAAAUUAAAAGAGUAUAUUUAACAAUGAAAUUCUUUUAUAAAGAAAACCGUAAGUGAUGACGUAAACAUUGCAGCAUAGUUGACUGUUGAAUUUAGUUUUUUUUUUAAAAAAAAAUUUAGAAACUUUUGACUUUAGAUCACCCAGCAAUCCAAACAUGCCGGCAGUAAUCUGUCUUCAUUGUUCGUAAUCUUAUAAGAAGAAGUCCCAUACCAACAUUGAGGCACUCACUAGUCACUACUCUAACUCUGCUUAGUGUUUACAACCACUUUCUGUAUUUGAAGGAAAUCAAACAAAAAUGGGUACAGUGAUGAGAAGGACUAAGCUGGGUUCACAAGGUCUGCAAGUCUCGGCUCAGGGCCUGGGAUGCAUGGGCAUGUCGGCCUUCUACGGCCCACCCAAGCCUGAUACGGACAUGAUCGCUCUCAUCCACCACGCCAUUCAUUCUGGCGUCACUUUCCUCGACACAUCCGACAUCUAUGGCCCAUUCACUAACGAAAUCCUUCUCGGAAAGGCGCUUCAAGGGGUGAGGGAGAAAGUUGAGCUAGCAACCAAGUUUGGAAUAAGCUUUGCCAACGACAAGAGGGAGAUUCGAGGUGACCCGGCGUAUGUUAGAGCCGCCUGCGAGGCCAGCCUGAAUCGGCUCCAAGUUGAUUGUGUGGAUCUCUAUUACCAGCAUCGGAUCGACACUCGUUUGCCCAUUGAAGUCACGAUUGGGGAGCUGAAGAAACUUGUUGAGGAGGGCAAAAUAAAGUACAUUGGUCUAUCAGAGGCCUCAGCUUCAACAAUCAGAAGAGCACAUGCUGUUCAUCCAAUAACAGCUGUGCAGCUUGAAUGGUCCUUGUGGUCUAGAGAUGUUGAGGAAGAUAUAAUUCCUACAUGCAGGGAACUGGGCAUUGGAAUUGUUGCAUACAGCCCUCUUGGACGCGGUUUUCUUUCAUCUGGACCAAAAUUUGUAGAAAGUUUGCAUGAUAGUGAUUUUCGUAAGUAUCUUCCAAGGUUUCAAGGUGAAAAUCUUGAACAUAACAAGACUAUAUUCGAGAAAGUCAAUGAAAUGGCUGCCAGAAAGAAAUGCACUCCUGCGCAGCUAUCAUUGGCCUGGGUUCAUCACCAAGGAGAUGAUGUAGUUCCCAUCCCUGGAACUACCAAGAUUGAAAAUUUUAACCAAAAUAUUGGAGCCUUAUCAGUGAAACUGACACCAGAGGAAAUGGCUGAGCUUGAAUCUUAUGCUUCAGCAGAUGUCGUGAAGGGUGACAGGUACGGCUUUUCCGCAGGAACUUGGAAGGAGUCUGAAACUCCACCUCUAUCUUCAUGGAAAAGUGAGUGAGAGUAUCUCUUCUCCAUCUCAUAUUGUCUUCUAAGCGAGUGACAUUUGUGAACAUGUUAAAAUUACAGAAUAAGUGGUUUUCUGCCUAGUGGGUAUCGAGCUUUGUCUUACCUAUUUGUAAAGUUCUUAAACUGCAUGUUUAUUAUAAGUGAUUUUCUACCAA